CUCAAAUUUCACGAAAAUCAUGCGAAUUUGCAAACACCAUUAACGAGAACAGUGUUAUUAUUUAAAAUAACAAAUGUUGAAGCAUGUUGUCUAUUCAAUAAGGCUUUAUUUAAAUCUGGAAUGAGGUAUCGAGCUUGUCACGUGACUCGUAUAGGCACAACAUUAUUCAUAAACAGACCUGGCCUGACAGCGAUGGACUCGACUCGAUAAAGUUGGAUUUCGAGUUCAAAAUGAGAAUCUAGCAACAAAACACACGGCACAAUGUGACCGUAGGACAUCUGGGCUAGUUAUUCCGCUCGGUCUGAAGCCAGUUUGACCGACAUGAAGCCUGAGAGAGGAACAGCUGAUGCUGAUGAUAUGGAAGAGACUGAUAAGGACCCACAGGAUUUGUUGCUGGAGCUAGGGCUGAUGGUGCUGGAGGCUCGGACCCCGGACCCGUCGGCCAAGGGCAGGAUAGAUGGCCCCCACUGCCCCCAGUCCUGGCGAGCUCAGGCUCAUGCGUGUAGUGAUGAUCAGUUGGAGUGCCGGCGUGCGUGUGAGCUGGAGGAACAGCUGGACCUCCUGUGGAGGAACAACAUCCCCGCCUGUAUCGACAUCCUUCUCUACCCCGACUGUGUGCACGGCCACAGGGAGGCACAGGUGCUGGAGGUCGCCGAUCACACAGGCCAGGCCAUGGAUGACUACCUGCUGCUCGAGAGGUGGACCUUCAAGUUCUGCAAAAAGAGACAUAUGGACAUGGUGAGCGGGCGCAGCGUGGGGCCGUCCAUGCUGCUGCAGGCUGUCAAGUCUUACCUCCACUUCUCCCAGCUCAGCUCCUGGCUGUUGUCUUCAGAGGGGAAACUACCCCUCACCAUUGUCUACAGGUCCUAUGCACCAGGCGAGAGCAUUGGACACGACUUUUGUGAAAAACCUGACAAGCACAGCUUUCCCCAGGUUGACCUUGAGCACUAUGAGUUCAAAGUUCAAGUAUCGGCCACCCCGCGUCGAGAUCUGGUACACCUGCAGUGUCGACUCCCUGUAGAGGGACCAACAACCUCAUCACCCUCAACCUCAUCACCCACAACCUCAUCACCCACAACCUCAUCAUCCACAACCUCUUCACCAACGUCCACGAUGAAGGUCAUCGGUGAUGGACAAAAAUGUUCACGGAAAAACCCACCGACAGACGACAAGCACGGUGAGAGAGGACGCACGCUGAAACGUACGCGACAUCACCAGAGUGAAAUGUCACGACGACGUGAACACAGACGUUACCCUCAAGGCAACCAAAUCCUUGAGAAAUCCACCAGUUCCAACUCCUCCAUGAUCCAAAGUCCGACGAUCUCAGGAAUCCCGUCUUCCACACCCUGUGAUACUCGGAACUGUCAGUGGGACUCCCACGCAGAGAGACGAAGUUUUCACAAUUACCGUCAACCCAGUUCCAGCACUUUCACGACAGUCACACCUAGACAUUCAACCCCAACAGACAGUAAAACGUACCACGUGGACUCCAAAUCACACGGAAUUCCACCAGAACAGUCCGAUUUUAGAGAAUCCUAUCCCCAGAAAUUCCGAAUCGAAUCCCCUUCUAGACAAAUAUUUAAAGACAAAUUGCUUCCUUUGAAGCCUGACACGUACAGUGACUCUCAUCUGAAGGUGGACACGUCCCCAGCGGGCUCCAACUGUCUACACAGCCCCAAGGUGCUCAUGACGUCGAACACAAAACCCGAGCAGGUGUACACCAAGAGGAAGUGUCUUGACCUCAGUGGCUCCUCCUCAUCCUCCGACUCCACGGAGUGGAACAGUCAGUUCCUGUCCACAAAGAUCAAAGACUUGGCCAGCCCUCUCUCAACAGCAGACAUACAGUCCUAUCUUGCCAGUCUUCAGUCGGUCGCUUACACCAGGCCGCAGACUCAAGAAUGUUCUGGUUUUGACAUGUGCGUCACGCCAAAGUGUAAGUUCUACCUCGGGACCCGGGACAAAGCUGUUGACAAUGGCCUCAAGUCCGAGGACAAAAAAUACCCCAAAGUUCCACAACCGCUAUUUAACUCUGUUCUUUCCCGCACUGAGUUAAGCAAUAUUGAGCCAGAUUCGACUUCCAGAAGGUGGAAAACUCAAACAGAUGAUCUCGAUAACGUUACCAUGAGGUUGCAAGGGUUGUCUCCCUUCACUGCCUCCGAAUCUCCACCGACGAAGAAGGAGAAGAGGGACCUGAGGAUGCCCUGUGUUACAAAAGCUGAGAAUGUUGACAGUAGCAAGACAUGUAAAGAUGUUGAUCGGAAGACAGUGCGACCGGAUUCUCCGGGGAAGUCCUUUAAGAGGAAGUACCCGGAGGAGUCGGGUACGAGUAAUCACCGGAAAUAUUCAAAUUUGGAUGAUUCUGGUGUGGUGUCACAUGACCUGGAUGUGUCCAAUGGACAUAGUGUAACUUCAACGUGUGAUUCUCGUAAUGUGUUUUCCCCCUCACAUAAUUCUGUGACACCACCAGAGGGAGCUGCAGUCAGUGUCAGCCAAUCGGAACACUCGCUAUGCAAUAACUGUGAUAUACCUAUAAGUGAGAGACUCUCCCAUCUGAGGAAGAUCCCGACCACGCCCACCUUGGAGGAUGCAAUGAGCUUCCAACGUCACAUGACCAAAAGUGCCUCCAUGAUGUUUAGCAGUCGUACAGGCCUUCCCACACAGUCUAGUCCGGCUCCCAUCAAGAGGAAAUCCCUGGGCAGGUUUGACUACGAUAGCUCCCUCACAAGCACCAGAGCCAUCAAGAAUGCUAUCUCCUGCUCUAAGUUGGUCCUGGGCCCCACGGCAGACGACACGGAGCAGCAGACGGACAACAUGGGCAGAGUGCUGAGUACAAGUGCACCAGCCUCCACCAACUGUCUGCUGGGAAACUUUGAGGAGUCUGUGUUGAAUGGACGUAUUGAACCAAUCGGGGUAGUGGAUGGAUUCACUGCAGAGAUCGGAGCCAGCGGGUCGUUUUGUCCCAAGCAUGUGAUACUGCCAGUCACAUCGUACUUCUUCAAACUGUCGGAUGAUAACGCACCGUCACCGUACCUGGGUCACAUGAACCUGGAGAGCCUGGGGAAGAGAGGAUACCACAUUCCGAAGAAAGGCACAGUGCAAGUGACUCUCUUCAACCCCAACAAGACGGUGGUCAAGAUGUUUGUGGUCAUGUACGAUCUGCGGGAGAUGCCAGCAAACUGCCAGACGUUUCUGCGGCAACGCACACUCUACAUGCCCGUGAACCCGGACAGUGACGAACCCGCCUAUCUGAGAUACCUCAUCCAUCUAAGAUUUGCCAGCUCCAAGACGGGAAAGAUCCACCUCCACACCGACAUCCGACUCAUCUUCGCCCGCGACAAGUUCGAGUUUGACAACAAAGUAGCCCAGUACGAGCUCCGAUCAUUCAAUGAGGGGCCAAGAAAUCCCAAGUUUUCCCCCAAGAGGUGACCCAGGCAGUCAUUAGGGUAUUAAUUGUUAACUAGCGGGAGUCCACGUUGGAUGCGUUGCUGUAGAUGGUGGUGUUGUUACCUCGCUGUAGUCUGUUUGUGACUGCCAUCCUCCAUGUGAGGAGGCUGUUGAUGAUGAUGAUGAUGAUGAUGAUGAUGAUGAUGUUGCAUUAUGGGGACGUCCAGAUUUAUUUAGAAAUGUUUCAUGUGUUCACCACCUGGGUAACUUAGCCGUAUUGUCCUUUUAUCAUAGUCCAGAACAUAUUCUAAUUAAGAAGUCUGUACGAUGGUACAAGCAUAUGGUACAAAGUCAUUCAGACUUGUCAAACAACAUGUCAGGAACAUGUUGUCUUGACUACGUAGUAUCAGUAUCUGGAAGCAUUGCAUCUUUUGGUAAAAAAUGAACUGAAACAGUCUCGCUUUAGAGAUCCUUUCAGGGCCUGUUCCACAAAGCGAUCUUAGUGCUAAGAUGAUCGUAAUUCCCAUGCUUACGAUAGGUGUAGCGCUAAGAUCGCAUUGUGGAACAGGGCCCUGAAAUAUUGUAUUUUUAAUUACUUUCUUCAGAUAAGACAUCACCUAUUAAUGCCUACCAUAUGUUUAUCCUUGGCUUCUGAGUGAUAUUGUCAGGUAAAAGUCAUCGAAAAGUACACAAUUUCUAUUAUAAUGUAGGAUGUAUGAAAUUGUUCAAAUCCUUCUGUUUGUUAAGUGAAUAUUUAAACAGGUUUGUUUAUUGAGUUCAGUUGUUAAUUUAUUUUCUUGUAAGGUCAUGUAGAGGUCAUGUAGAGGUCAUGUUUGAAAAGAUCCUACUUGAUGAGAGCUCUCCUGAAUCUAUUAUAGGAACAGUAAUUUAUUCCACUGUGAUAAUUGUCUGAAUGUUUCCGUGUCGUGUUAUACAUCUUCCUGAGGCAAGGGAGUUAACUGACAAUAAAAGUCGAAUUUCCACCCUUCUCGAACUAGGCUGGAAUUCCGGAGUUACAUUUUGACUGUACUAACGAGUCUAUGCAUUGUCCCUUCAAAAUUGUGUGUUGAACUAAACAUUUCGGUCGACUGCAGGAUUUGCAUAGCAUGGUACCGCUUACUGGGCGUUGACAGAUAUUGUCCAAAUCUUUUCAUGUUUUUAAUCAAGAUGCUCAAGUGAUUUGAUGCACUUCACGAAGUAAGACCCGUGUUAUUAAAAUAUAGAUCUUGAAUAUCAAUCAUGUCGUCUUGACUGAGCGCGGCCAUUUUGUUUGACGCAAAUGCAAUGUCAAACGUGGAAUCUGAUUGGUCAACAGGAGGGACAUAGAAGUGACAUAACUCGUAAUAGCCACUGGCGGCGCUACGAUCGAGCCCAGAAAUUGACAAGGGUGGAAGCAGGACAUUUAUAGUCAGUUAACUCUCUUGCCUCAGGAGGCAUGUUAUACAAACAGACAAUCAAGAAGUAGUUGCUUGCAUGUAGUAGACGAGCUGGUAAGGUCACGUGUUGUAGGAAGGCCCAUCUUCUGAUGAAGCUAACGGGGGAUACAGUACACACAUUCCCUUGCCUCUGCAGCAGUGAUGCUUGCUUGCAUGUCUUAUUGAUCGUAGUGAUGAGUGAUGACCUGUGAUGCCUCGACUGAAUCAGGUGAUGAUCUGUGUAGGGCUGGGGCGAUACACCAACUGUGUGAUCUGAUACCUUGUUCACGAGCCGAUAAGUAUCACGAUACUUGCAUGUGCUCUUGUCUGUGGUGGGUAAACCAAUUUUUUCAUAGACAGGAUGGCCAAAUACCUGGCUCAGUAACAAUUUACAGUUGGCAGUGUCAAGUAUGGCAGAAUGGAUGAAAUUGUUUUCACUAUAUUUAGUGUUUGGUGUAACAUUUAUUAAAGAAUACAUUUAAGGUAAGAAUCAAUACCUUUUACUUGUGAUUGUGAUCGAUAUUUGUAUCGAGAAGUAAAAAAUUGCGAUCCAUCAAUGCAUCAAUGUAUCGUCCCAGUACUAGAUCUGUGGUGCCUGGCCUAGAGGAAUGCGAUGAUAAGGAAUGUAGUGAUGAGGAAUGCGAUUAUGAGAAAUGUGAUGAUGAGAAAUGCAAUGAUGAGAAAUGCGAUGAUGAGGAAUGCGAUGAAGAAUAUGAUGAGGAAUGCGAUGAUGCGGAAUGCGAUGAUGAGGAAUGCCAUGAUGAGGAAUGCGA